AUGAUGAUAGCUGAGGUGUCAAGAGAAGAAAGUCUUGAAGAAUCUGUCCGCAGUGAAGCGUCAUCUAGUAAACAAAAUUCAGAUGAAGGAGAUGACCGUUACUUAAAGAAAUUUCUUGAUGAUUUUUGGGGUCCAGAGACAGCUGAUUACUUUCUCCAUCCAAAUUUUCAAAAAUCCUCCAGUGUUAAACCAAAAGACAAAGAAUCAACAAGUGAUAAGGAAACUGCUCAGUGUAUUAUACUUGGUGGUUAUCCAAAUGGAAUGCUUCGUGGUGCACGUAUACCGUUCCGUUCAGAUCUUAAACCAUGGUUAUUUGAUAUUCCAACAAAUGAAAGACGGAGAGAUAAAUCAAGUAUAAAAAGACGACUUUCGGUUUUUUACAAUAAUAAUCAACAUUUCAGACGUGCAUCAAGAGCGAAAAGUGCAUGUAGUCUUAUUGAUUUAUUGAAAUUACAUCUGGGUGAGAACUUAGGAGCUCAUCAUCUUUGGGAUUUAUUAAGACGUAAAUCGUAUGAAAAGUUAACUGAUUUUGAAAAAAGUCUUACAAAAGAAGAUCAGUUUACAUUUGCUGCAUUCACCCAUGAGUAUAUAUCAUGUAGGAAUAAAAACCCAAACAUACAGCAGCGAAAAGAGACAAGCACAAUGCCACCUCUUUGCGAUUUUGUACGUGAAAAUCCAUCAUAUUCUCUGACCAACGUAAUAAAUAAUUUAAAAGCACCUGAAAUGGAAAAGCAGUUGCGUAAAGUCAAUUUAGCUAUCUCAUGGGCUAAUAGAAAUCAAGACCAAUUUCGGAUAAUAUCAUUUCAACAAGAUUUGAAAGAUGCUAUAAAGUCAAUUGAAGAAGGUAACUUCUCUUCAACAGUGAAGAAUCAUGUGAUGAACAAUUUCAAUCCUAAUAUUAAAGUUAAUCGACAAAAAGCAGAUGAAUUAGUCUCAUUGUGUCCAUCAUUAAAGAAUAAACAGUACUCCACAUUUAUUGAUAGAAACCUUCAACCCUUGGAGAAGUAA